AUGGCUAAUUCAACCAUCAAAAUUCUUGGCAUAGUUAUAUUAUUCCUUUCUCUUAUUUCUCAAGGUUUUGGUGAAUGUUAUCUAUGGGAUGUGAUUACAAGCCAAAAGAGAACAGGAGUUCAAGUGGAAGGAAACCCAGAGUGGAUUGUGACUAUCACUAAUAAUUGUCCAUGCACAGUGAAAAAUGUGCUUGUGAAUUGCAGGAAAUUUCAAUCCAUUGAACCCAUAGACUCUUCAAUCUUAGCAAUUCAAGGCGAUUUGUGUCUUGUUAAAGCUGCUUCUUGUUUCAUCAUGAGCUUUAAUGAAAUAUUUUCUUCUAAUCAUUUACUCCUUGACCUUGCAUAA